AUGACAACUGAUCUCAACAAAGUGCAAAUCAUUGGCCGUCUUGGACAAGACCCGGAAGCCAAUCAAACCAACGGCGGGAAGUCAGUCGUGAACUGUUCUUUCGCAACUAACUACACCCACAAGGAUGCGGAUGGCAACAAGAUCGAGCAGACCGAUUGGCACCGUGUGGUUUUCUAUUCCGGGUUGGCCGACGUGGUCAGCAAGUACAUGAAGACGGGGAGUCGUGCGUACGUCGAGGGCCGUCUGAAACACGGCAAGUUUACGGACAAAGACGGCAUUGAACGGUACACCACCGAGAUUGUCGCGUCUGAUCUGCGAAUGCUUGACGGCAAGGAUUUAUGUAUGCAAGCCAUUCUCAUCGACCCCGAAAUCCUGUGCAUUACUGCGUUGUCCAUCGACACCGAUGAUUAUGCGCGUAUCCGGCAAGUGAUCGGCUGCAAAUCGCUCAGCGUUGCCGUCAGUCUGCCUACACAAGAUACCGUCUUCGUGGACUCCGCUGCACGACUUAAGGGGACGUCGCGCCAUUGUUUCCGCCUGGCCGGUUGCCCUCACCCCAUCGUCGGCCGCGCCGUUAUCGUCGGCUGCGAUCGCGUUGGCGAUUCCGUUGACGCGCGCACGAACGCCUACGCCCUACUGGAAAUGGUGACUUCACCACCGACUCGAGCAACGUACCUAUCAAGGACAGACACGAUUUACGAGAGCGUUACCCAAUCCAUUCUUGAUGCACUCGAACAAGGCACACCGCCGUGGCAGCGGUCUUGGUCCAUCGGUAGCGCCCAGCGCUUGCCGCGAAACUUCAGCACCAACAAUUCCUAUCGUGGUAUCAAUGCGCUGAUUUUCUGGAUGACGGCGCAGAAGCAGGGGUAUAGCUCGCAGUACUGGUUGACCUUCAAUCAAGCGCGCGACCUCGGCGGCUGCGUGCGCAAAAAAGAGAAAGGGACACGUGGCAUUUUCUACCGCCUAUUGGAGAGGACCGACAACGCCAGCGGCGAAACCAAAAGUAUCCCAAUGGCGCGCCAGUUUUCUGCGUUUAACCUCGACCAGAUAGACGGCAUCGAGGACCCGAGUACGGAGCGCUUGGGUCAAGCGUCUCCGGACGAAAACCCAGAGGCAGAAACCUUCAUCGCGCAGACCGGUGCACGGAUUGAAUUCGGUGCAUUUUCGCCUUGCUACCUACCAACGUCAGACACCAUCCGCUGCCCUGAACGGGCUCGGUUUAAGAGCGCGGGCGAUUACUACGCGACGCUGACGCAUGAGCUCACCCACUGGACCGCACACAAAACCCGCUUGGCGCGUGAUUUGUCCGGCAAGUUUGGCGAUGCGUCUUACGCCGCCGAGGAACUGGUCGCUGAACUGGGUAGCGCUUUUAUAUGCGCCGAUUUAGGCAUACAAGGUACGCUGCAAGAACACGCCAGCUACCUCGAUCACUGGAUUGAGAUUUUAAAGGCUGACGAGCGUGCCAUUGUCAGCGCCGCCAGCCUCGCCAGUAAGGCCCAUCAAUACCUCAUGGCUACCGUCGACCAGGCGCGUGCGGCAUGA